AUAUUCAAGUUGAAUAACGCAUGUCAAUGGUUGAUAUGAUUUUCGAAGAAGAGAGCUCACAUUGCUUUAAUUUCUUAGACAUGUUUUACUAUUAUGCUUCUAACCAUCUGUACGAUCUUUUCCGUCUUUUAUUAGAAUCCUCUCUCAUGCUUUUACCGAUUUCUCUAUCAAAUAAAACAGCGGUUUUAAGAUGGUAUGAAACCCAAGAAUUACCUAUUGCUUUACCUUAUGCAUUUUGCCUUCUUUUCUUUUCUGCCAUUAUUAAUAUAUCGUUAAGAAUUUCUGCUCCUAUUUAUGUAGAUCUUUUAAUUCUUUUUAUCUUAUUACUUUUAUGGUCACUUACCAAAGUGUACUACGAUCUUCUACUCAAACGUCAGAAAGCCUUUGGUUGCUCUAUCAAUUCGAGAGAAAAAUAUGACUCAUCAUUUUAUGCAGAAAACAAAAAAAAAUUAAGGACUGCGUCACACAUGAUGCAUGUUAUUCGUCCUUUGCAAAAUGAAAACUCUUUCAAGUCUGAUCACGUAUUAGUACAUUUUAAGAAUCACACAAAUAGUCGAGAAGGAAACUUUCAUACAUGUGCAAACGAAAACAAAAUCAUUACGCCUGUUGCUUGUAGUAAAAAAUUGUCCCUCAAUUUUGUUUUGGAAACGUUAAUACACCCUUUCAUUCCAUUUCGGAAUACAAGGAUGUUUCAUACUUUGACUUCAUCAGAUAUUCAAUAUUGGAAUCAUAACAUACACAAAAAACUCGCCAAUAUUUCACACUUAUCUUAUGAAAAACAAAGAGUUGUUGAAGUCCAUUUUUUCAAAACUGCAAAAAAUUGUAUAUCUAAGCUUGAUGAAUACUAUAAUCUACAAAAUCAUUCAUUUAGUAGGUUUCACUUUAAAAAAACGGAUGUUCUAAGAAAGUCCUUUAUUUUAUAUCAUGCAAUUCACAAAAAAUUGCUGUUACCUCAACUCUUUGGACGUGUUAUCAAAAAUAAUUUCACAAAGAAACACCACACUAGGAAUAUUUACAAAACGACUAAAAACAACAUUAUGUGUAUAACAACCAAUGCUGCGCAGAGCGCUCUCCAAUGUUAUUCUCCUUUUUCUCAGGACAAUAUAAUUUGGAUCACAUCAUAUAGCAACAAGCUAAAGUGUUCACCUUAUUCAACGCAAAACAUUUAUCUUUUUUUAUUUUUAACAAAAUUCAUAAACUCUAUUAAAACAUCUAAGCAACAAUACAACAAUGAUUGGUUAAGUCCAAAGCGUCCUUUCCUUACUCAUUCACCUGUCGAGAAUAUCUCUCUGUCUCUACAACAUAUCUUCACAUAUUUUUUCCACACUGUAUCCUAUUAUAAAGACUGCACUCAAAUAACGUUACUAUACAAAUCUAAGACUUUCAACUUUUCUUUUAACGUUAAUAAAUGUUUUCGAAAUUAUUGUUUUUUUUUUUUUAAACGUUUACUUCAACUCUCUAUGGAACUUGAUGAGAAGCAUACGACUUGUGAAAUUUUUUGUCACUGCUUCCCAGUGUACUUAAAAGAUGAUGUUCCGUUAUGUAUUCAGUGUGUUACAACAUUAUAUCAUUCUUCUGUUCGAAAUGCUUUUUUAGAUUUUUUAUUAAAAAACUUCACAAUUGCUAUGGGGGAAACUUUAACAAAGCAUAACAAUUCUUUCAUGUAUCCCGUGCUUAGCUGUUUUUCUUUGGAAAUGUAUAUGCAAAUUUUUAAAAAAAGUCUUAUUGAUUAUGGUAACGUGUGCACAAGCAAUUUGUUUGUUUUUUUGAAAGAAAAGUUGCCUUCUUGUGAAGACUUACUUACAUUAAGUUUUUUUAAAGAAUGCAGUAAAAUUACAAAUGAUUUUGUUCUACAAUGCUCGCAUCUUGUAAAUUUAAAAUGUAUACCAAAAAAACUACUCACAGAAGAAUUAAACUUUCAAGUAAAAGAAGCUUUAAAAACGAAUUCUCUGCUAAGGUUAAAUAAGGCUUUCGACGUCAUACAUUUUUUCAAUAUAAAGGUUAACGAAGAACUCUGCUCACAAAUAGUCGAUCGUAGUCAAAAUUUAAAUUACCAACCAGUGCGAUCCUCUUUGCUAAAAUUUGUACAAGAACAAGAUUAUUUCAAAAACAUACAAAACGUUUCACGUAGUAUCGCAGUUUUUUUAAAAUAUAAAGAUCAAGAAAUAUUGAAAAACCUUUUGAAAAUGACAAAUACAUCCAAAGAAGUACUAAGUAUAUCUGUUAUGGCAAACUUUAUAAAGGCUUGUAAUUAUUGUGGACAUGUUGAAUAUGGUUUAAAAUUAUGGUUUACAAUGAUUGAAAAUUGCAUUCAACCAACCCCAUACAUUUUCGGAUGCUUAUUAGAUAUGUUAGUAUCUAAUAACCACGUUAUUGAAGCUUUCAUUUUUUUACAGAACAGCACUGAAUACAAUAUCAACCCCAAUACAGUACAUUACAGUAUUGUUCUAAAAGGUUGUGCUCAAAAGAAAAUGCUUACCAAAGCGUUAGAAGUUUACAAAGAUAUGAAAGACAAGAAUAUAUUUUGCAACAACAUCACCUAUAAUACAUUAAUCAAUACGUGUAUUGUAUGUAAUAAUCCGACAGCUGCAGCUUGUAUUGUAUCAGAUAUGUGGUUAAGAAACAAACUGAAACCUGAUGUCGUGACUUAUUCAACCAUUAUAAAAGGUUUUUGUGAAAAAAAAAAAUUACGGGAUGCCAUGAAUAUAUUUUUUUUAAUGUUAUCACAUGAUGUUGAACCGGAUGCAAUUACAUACAAUACACUUUUGGAAGCAUAUUCUCACGAAGAAUCUCCUAUACUUAUGGAUUUAAUUUUCAACUGUAUGCUACAACGUAAUGUGGCACCUUCCCCUUUUACGUUAACUAUUAUGAUUAAGUAUUUAGGAAAACAAGGUCAGCUUGCUCGUGCAUUAACAUUAGCAGAUGAGCUGCCUUAUCGCUUUCAAUUUCAAAAAGAUUCUUACGUUUAUACAGCUUUAAUCGCCGCUUGUAUUACAUGUAAUGAUAUACCCAAAGCUUUGCAGUUUUUUAUCGAAUUGAAUAAAAGUCCUUACAAGAAGGUUGUUACCGCUCGAACGUUUCGUACUAUAUGUUUCGGUUGUCUUAAAGCAAAAAAUGUUUUGGCUGCUUACGUUUUUGCCUAUGAAGCAACAGACCGCCAACUUAAUAUAGAUCAAAAUCUUCUUCAUGACAUUUUCAUUGCUCUCAAAGGAUUAAAUCAUCCCAAUCAUCCCCAAUUUCAUUACAUCUCUUCCUCCCUCGUUUCCCCCACAUUUCUUAGAAAUGCAAUUGCGUGGCUUAAGCGAUACGUUCCCUGUCCUCCUCGUUUUAAUUUUCCAACCUUACAAAAAAUAUUCAGCCAGUUUCGCUUACCAUCAAAUGAACUUCACUAUUUGUUUUCCUUUUUCUAAUUAAAUCUAGUCAACCUUUUAAAUUUUCAUUUAAGUCAAUGCAUUAUCUUCUGAAACAAUUUUUUUUUUUAAUAAAAUUUUUCAUCUUAUGGUUAUAUAUAUUUGUCAACAAAAACGGAACUACAAGCAUAAAAAAAAGUAAUUUUUCUUACAAAACUAUGAGUUUUAAAAUA